CGUUUGCUACACUCAGCCUGAGCGAGUGCACAGAGCAAACCGAACAAAAAUACCGACUUGACUUGCGAGAACUGGCGAGAACAAACAGCCCUGCUUUCAGAAAGCUGCGAAGCCACACGACAAAAGAACGAAAGGUGCAGCAAUGGCGACUUACACGAGGUCAGACAGUUGUCGGGUGUGUCCGUCAGUGCGCGGUAACCGCUUCGACACGGCUCGCCGCAAGCGCGCGGCCCCCAACAUCUUCGAACACGUUAGUGAGGACGCGCUCACGCGGCUGUUCCGCAAGGCGGGCGACGCGAAGGCCGAAGAGCGCGUGCGGAGCAUCUUCUCAUGUGCCAACGACCCGGACGAGACGGCGCGCGCCCUGAUGGCGCUUAAGCAAAGGAAGAAAGACAAGUUCCUGCAGAUCGCACGCACACUCCGCGGCCUGCUAAAGCUGCGUUGAGGAUUCGCUACAGCGGCUCCGGUAGAAGAGUCGCAGACGAGUGACGGUAGUUCGACAGCAGCACGAACGACUCCGAGUCGAUACUGCACGCAGAUGCUCAGGGACACGGAGGAGACAGACACACACAAACGGGCCGGCCAGAGGGAAAGCCGUGUGACGCAAGCCAAAGGUCCAAAAACGCCACAAACAGACGGUUUUGACGGCGUUUGAAGUGCCGGUGCUGUGCUGUGAAGCAGACAGACAAGCAGCAGCUCUGAGAUGAAGCUCAGCUGCAACACACAUCGCAGAGGAACACAAACAUCUCAUGAACUUUUGCAAAGACUAAUAGACUUCAUGAGCAGUUACGAACUUCAGUGUUAUUGCACCUUAUUUUUUAUUAUUAUUAUUUUUUUUAUGACAACGCUGUGAUAACUUUUGGUCAUGCAUUUGCACAUAAUUUGUAACUUCCACAAUAAAUUAUUAACAUUUAAAAAAAAAAAAAAAAA